AAAAUAUUGUUAUAUAUUAUUAUAAAUUCUAGUUUGCAAUGAUUUGUUAAUUACUACAUGUAACUUAGUCAUGGUUUAUUUAAAUAAAUAUAUUAAAAUUAUUUGAAUUUCAGAAGAUCAGGAUGAUGGACAGAGUGAAGAUGGAAGUUUUCAUGAUGGAGAUGGUGAUGUAGAUGCUGAUAUGUUUAGCUUGAGCCAGAGUCAACCUAUAGAUGAGGAGAAUGAUGAAGUAGAUGAUGUUGAAGGAAUAGUAUCCACUAGUGAAGAAGAAGUAGGUCAUCUUUUUGAUGAAAAUCAGGAUGUUGCAAUUGUAACAUCUGCACCAAAGCAUAUAUCAUGUCAGGAAGAUGAAGAUUUUAUGACUGCUUUUGAUAAAAUGUUAUCUGAAAGCAUUUUACAUCGCAGUCAAGAUUCUAUCAAGCCACAAUCUGAUAUUGUUAUUCCUAUGAAUAUAAAAGGUGGCACAGGAAAAAAAUCAGGAGGAAUAUUGCUGAAUUUGAAGCCUGAAGAUGAAAAUAACAGAGAAAAUAGUACAAUGAAUUUUGUAUUGAUGACCAGAAGAGGAAACAAGCAACAGUUCAAAAGCUUGGAAGUACCUGUAACUUCAGAAUUAGCCCAAAAUUUGAAAGACAGGGAAGAGGCUGAAAGAGCGGAGAAAGAACAAGUUAAAAAAUUAACUUUAGAUAUUAAUGAGAGACAAGAAGAAGAAGACUAUCAAGAGAUGUUAGCUGCACAGCAGAGACCUGCAGUCAUGAAUCUGAACAGGGACAGGCGUCAAAAGUAUCAUCAUCCCAAAGGUGCACCAGAUGCCGACUUGAUAUUUGGAAACAAGUUGAACAGAAGAAAUGAAAGUACCAAUUCUGUCACGGUCUACAGUGACAAUUCUGUCUCGUUAACUCUUGCUCCGAUGCAGAACUCUACGUAUAAAAUAAAGCACUGACGGGUUAACUGAAAGAAUAAACUCGAUACAGUCCGAGAGAAUGUUCUCGUCUCUCGGUCGGUUCUACCGUCCUAGUGAAUGCCGAAGGAUUUCGUCAGUUACGAGUCGACAGAAAUGAGCGAGAUAACUACAAAUACUCUAUUUAUACUUUUAAAGUGUUUUUGCACCCAAAGUUUCUGUAUGUUUAAAUGGACAGAAAAAUAAAGCUAUUUAUGUUGUAUGGCA